GAGCGGAACUUUUUCCAAGCCUUCAGCCAAUUCCAUCCUUCCAUACAGCGCUUUGACGGUUCAGACGAAGCCCGAUUCUCAACAAACAACAAUAUAUCUUCUCAGAAAAGAAAGUACGACUUAUAGUGAUGUGGUCGAUGGUCAAGCAGUUCUCUAAGUUGGCCUUGUUUAUAGGAUGCAUGAUAGUUUCUUGUUGGCCGGAACCAACUGUGGCAGACAAUGAAGAAUCUGGCGACCAGCGGAGCUUCUUACCGAAGGAGGAUGCCGAGGGAUAUUCCUCAGCUGCCCCCGGGAGAGACCAUCCUAACUUGAUCUUUGCCUCGUUUGCUGGCCUGCUCCAACAAUGGCCGAACACGUUUGCCUAUAGUGGACAUUCGAUCAUCCCCGGCGUUGUGCCGAGGGGCACUUUACUCUAUCAUGGAACGAAUUAUCCGGUGCUUACGCCUACCGAGGGUCUCGAAUGGUUUGCCUUCAAUCCCGAGUACAGCUACGUCCUUCACAGUCGCCGACCUGGUCAACUCACUUUGCAUACAUACGUAGCCACCCGGACUCUUCGUAUCAUUUAUAUCGAUGGCCAGAGUGCCUCAUUGGGCAGACCGGGCUUCUCAGACAGCCAAUCUGUCCUCAUUAAUGGCUCCGUCCCCAUCGUCCCAAAGCAACCUACCGUCCGCAAGGAAGGUGCCAACAGAGGCGCUCUUUUACUCGAGGAAGCAUAUGCCCGUGCCCGCGGGCUCUGUAAGCUCGGGAAAGAAUGGGGCUUCGAAGGUGUGGUGCGAAUGAACACUUGCUUCAAAGUGAUGUGGUGUGAUUUCAGUCAGGGAGUCAAGCUUCUCGGGAGUAUGAAUACUACUGAUCCUUUCGAUACUGACCACCCGGAAGAAUCACAAGAGCCCACCAAAUCGUCUGAGACUCGCAAUUCGUCAUCUGAUUCCACCACGGAAUUUCUCCACAAUCGAACAGAUACGAUUAAUCCGCUAGUUUCUGAUGGAAGCCAGCAAGACUUUCAGCAGAAAAUCGAGGUGUCUGGAGCCAAAAAUGUUUCGGCCCAGAUACAACAGGAUGACGAUGAGGGUACUAAGAAGAGUGAAAAUAGUACCAAGAAUUUAAUGUUACAAUUAGUGACCAGACCGCAGUCGAUCAACUCGCCAUUUUAUCUUAGAGGAGCGCAAUACUAUUUCCGAGCAGCCAGUCGACAAUACUUUUGGCCGGGAGAAGCCCGGGUGAUCUUAGACCCCAGUGGAUUUGUGAGCUUCUACGAUAGGAUCGAAAGUUUGAGCGAGAAAAGGAAGGCCGAUGGGACCGCGGUUGGGUCCCGUCGAUUCCACCGAUUGGAUGGGAUCAGUUCGAACGAUGUCAAGAAGAUCAAAGACCGCCUGCUUGGCGUGCUUGCCCGUAAGAAUGCCGAGGGUUGGCGGAUAGAAUCAGAUCGACUGGAUUGGCGGACUUCGGCUAAUACGAUCAUCCAAACUUACAGCAACCCACUCAUUGAGUUGGAUUUCCUUCUCAAGCGACAGGACAUGACCGGCAUCGAGCGGGCUGUCGAAGUGCGUGGCUUGACUUACGGCAUGAUCCUCCCUUAUCUCGAUUUCUCUUCCUGGAACAAUACGACCAAUAAUCCCAUGUCGUUCGACGAAGGGAUCAAAAAGUGUACGGAGGGAUUCACGUCUGGAACGUAUGAUAGUGCUUCCGACCUCACCGACUCCAUAGAAGUAAUCAUUGGUGCUAUUGAGGGCACUUUGGAACGCCUGUGUGGGACUAUCUUCGGCAUCUUUUCUCAGACUAUCCAAUUGGCUCUUCCACUUGAUUCGCUCAUCAGCCCCGAUCCAAAGUUAGAGAGCGAUGCCGAAUCGCGAAUCGUUGAAUGGCGCCAACAGAUCAAGGAGUUGAUGGUGUGGUUGGGCUGGUCUACUUGGGGACAUUGUGACCCUCCCUGUAAAACUAAUGAGCUUUGUUUGCCUCCUUUGUGGCCGAACUUUUGGCUCGAAGGUUUCCCUGACUUUGAUCAGUUUCCAUUCUGUAAGACUGUCUCUGGGAAAAAAACUUAGAAUGUCUACAUACAUCUUGUAAUAUAAAUCCAGAUCAAUCAAUUUGCAUAUUAUAAACAAACCAAUGAUACUUCAACCAGAUUGUAAAUAUUUAUCUUAGGGUUCCGAUCCGGACCCGCAGAUCC